GAAGCAAAACAAUUUUCUCGAUCUUCAGGUACAUGAAAAAGACAGAAAGCCCAACAAGCAGCGGCGCACGCUCACCGGAGGGGACAUUUACAUAGAGAACAGCAGAACGCAAAAGACUAGGCUGAUGACAGUACACCGUUAUCUCUUAUAAACAGUGGAAAAAAGUCAGACUAUAACCUGGAAUAAUGGAUGGUUCAAGCACGAGGCAAGGGGUUAGUUUUAAGGACAGGUCCGGACACUUGGCGGAGACGGGGCCAGUAUCCAGUUCCCUAAAAGAGACUAACAGUAAGCAAGCAGUCUUGGUACCAAACCCUCAGAAAGGCUACGGCAAUGUUACUUGGAAUGAAAUGCGCACCCGAAGUGUGGAAGAUAACGAGAUCAGCCUGCCCAGCCUUAUUUCAGCCUACAGCACUAUUCUCAGAGGUCUGGGAGAGAACCCAGAGAGACCCGGACUCCUUCAGACGCCUUCAAGAGCGGCCAAGGCCAUGCAGUAUUUUACCAAAGGCUACCAGGAGAACAUCCAAGAUGUGCUGAAUGAUGCUAUUUUCGACGAAGGCCACGACGACAUGGUGAUAGUGAAGGACAUCGAUAUGUUUUCCAUGUGUGAGCAUCACUUGGUGCCCUUCAUUGGAACGGUUCAUGUCGGCUACCUUCCCUGCAAGAAGGUACUGGGACUCAGUAAACUGGUCAGGGUUGUCGAAAUGUACAGUAGGCGAUUACAAGUCCAGGAGCGUCUCACCAAGCAGAUCGCCACGGCCAUCACGGAGGCCCUGCAGCCGGCCGGCGUCGGGGUCAUCGUCGAGGCCACUCACAUGUGCAUGGUGAUGAGGGGCGUGCAGAAGACAAACUCCAAGACGGUCACCAGCACCAUGCUGGGAGUUUUCCGUGACGACCCCAAGACGCGGGACGAAUUCCUGAAGCUCAUUCGUAGGUCUUAGAAGCACAUCCCGUAACGCCAAGCCUUCGCCAGCUCAUCAUGCCAACCCGUGUGUAAAAUCCAUGUGCCGUCUGUGUAUGUCUCAGUGCACCCGUAUGAGUUCCACUGAACUACCUCCAAGACAUGCAGAACAUGGCCUAUCCACAUCAAAUGUGUCUAGAUGUGCUUAGAGUGUGUACAGUCUGGUUUUAAAUUCAUUGCGAGCUGAACCUACCAAGCACAGAAAUUCCAGUGAAAUAAUUAUUCAAAGUGCCAAUCAGAGAUAUUGUUUCCAUUUGGGGAAGAAAUGAUAAGGCCUACCUAAGGCCCAUCUGCAGAUGUACUGCAACAGAUCGCCAGCAGGGGUCACUCAUGAGCACAACGUCUAAAUCAGUCCAUAAACAGUCCCUUACCUUUACAACUAGCUGUGGAGGCUAACUACAUGUUUCAUGUGGUUAGCCUUCAUUAUAACUGACUGCAAAUGCCAUAUUGUCAUGGUUGUAGUCAUGUUAUCUGAAUUACAAAAAAGCUGAUGAGGUUUAUUGUGGACACUUUGACAACGAUGAAAUAACUGGACAACCAAACAGUAUAUUAACAUUGUUAGCAUCCUUUUUAGGAUUUGAAUAUGGGGAAUAUUAUUAAUAUGUGGCAAGGCCUUGGGAUGAAGAACAUAACAUUUUGUGCUUAUGCAGUAUUUACAAUCAUUAAGUAGUGAUUAUAUCGAAUAGUAGUACUUGGUGGUAGUUUGUAGACAGCCAUGUUAGAUAUAUUGGGACAUCAGAAGCUCUAGAGGUGAGUUUUAGUAAGAAUCCAUUUUACACCAGGGGCCAGAUAGAAGUGUCAAGCAAACGUAGGCUGCAGCAGGUCUGAGAUUCAGAAGUUAAUAUUGAAGUCAGCCAAUCUACACAGGCAGUGAGACUCUGAAAUAAAUACUGGUGUUUGUCUGACCCGGUAAUAUGUGAUGGCAACCACAGGUAAUGGUAUCAUGUUUACAGUGAUAAAGAGCAGCUAUGGUGUGUCCGUCCUGCUGCAUCAUUCAGCUGGCUGAUGGCCCCAAGAUGGAAAUAGCUGUUGUACCCUAGAACCGUGUUUCCCAACCAAGUGCUCGGGGAUCCCCAGACAGUCUGUGUUUUUGCCCCCUGGAUUGUGGUCUGCCUGGGGGACCCCGAGGAUCGGGUUGGGAAACACUACUCUAGAAGUCAGUGUUUAACUGAAACUGUGUUUGAAAUAACCAACCACCUCAAUUCAUGUUGCUUUGGACAGAAACAUCUGAUGAACAACUAAAAGUAAUCCAACUGAUUUAAAUCUGCAUCGUAUUAAAGCAUUCCAAAGUAUUAAACACAUCUGGGCAUUUCUGUUGCCAAAGCAUUGGCGUGUAAUCUGUGUUACUGUAUGUUAUGUGUAAUUCUAUGUCAUAUGCUAUGUGUUUCAUGCCUGAAGGGUAAGAAUAAACCUUAAGGAAAUCA